AUGUCCAGCGCAAAGCCUGCCUACGACCCGGUGAAAACCGUCGAGGGAAUGUUUAAUGGCUCCGUCACUCGCAUCGCCUAUGUUUUGAAAGACCCGCUUAACUACGCGCAAUCCACAAAAGCCGUCCUGGCCGAGACCGCAAAGAAGUUUCAAGAUGCCCUAGACGAUUGCGAGAUCCAAAUCCUCGACGUGAAAUGGUAUCUUGAGCGACAACUCACCCUAAACAAAGAGCGCAGAGAAGCAAAGGCAAGGGAAGACAGCGCAGCUGCAGUGUCCGCCAAGAGAAAGCUCGAUGACAUCAAAGACGCCAAAGGCAAGGCCCAAGACACUUCACAAGACCAUGCGCCCAAACGUGUCAAGACUGCUGAGCCUGAAGAGCCCGUCCAAUCCAAACCACAACCACCCUCUACCACUGCUGCUCCUGUCGCUCCCAACGGCACACCCAAACAGCCUGCCAAACCCUUGGACAAACCUACCACUACAGGAAAGCCUGCCGAUAAAUUCCAUCCCCAGUCCCAGUCCUCCGCGCCAACGCCAGCUGCUAACAGAAAGCCUUCUGUAUCUACCGAAACCAAGGCGCACCCAUCAACUGCCCCACCAAAGCCAAAGGCACAGCAUAAGCCGCCUGAGCCAAUCCAGGUUCCACCUCCUGCCACGAUUUCGACCUCGAAACCUCUCACUACGCAUUCAUUCACACUCGACGACUAUCCAAGAGCUACGCCACAAGAUACACCUGCAGGUGGCAAUGAAGACUUCAACUUCGUCUCAAUGUUUGGGGAACCUUCUGGCACUGAUAUGAUGGACGGAACCAAUGGCGACAUGAAUUUUGACAUGAACAUUGGUAACGAAUUUGAUAUCGAUCCUACUGCGGCCGCAGCUGCUCAGGACUCGUCCUUGACGUCAUUGCUACCAGGACUUGAAUCAUACGCACAUCAAACCAGCGAUGACAACAGCUUCAAUCUCGCUGGAAUCAACAUGGAUGGAACAGACGGUGCGGGAGCCCUGGAUUUCAACGCCAAUCCACAGCAGCCGCCUCAACCUGCCGCACCCGGUGUGAACGUCAACGACUUUGGCCUCCCAACACUCGGACCAAAUGAAUUCGAUGACUUCCUCAAUUCCAACGACAUGAGUUUUGAUGCUGGGGAUGACAACAUGAUGAACAUGGAAAGCAUGGAAAGCAUGGAUUUCGAUUCCAUGUUCAACUGA